AUGAAAAUAACAAAGGAAGAGGAAUUGCUCUUGGAGCAGUAUGGCCGCACACCGUCAAACAAGUCAAAUAAACUUAUUUACGUGAACGCCUUGUUGGUCUCCUUGACACCUAUCUGGCUAUACUGGCGCAUACAUGAAAUGGAACUUAUCCCACACUUGAUUCUUUUUUCCAUAUUCACCGGCCUUGCGACCUAUUUAAUUUCUUGUGCCUACACUAACUCGAAAGCCCCACUGAUGGAAAGGAUUCGACAAAAAACAAAGGAUGUUGCUGACUACGAAUCGACAACCUUCUCGAUCUUCUAUAUCAACGCUAUUUUUAUUCUUAUUGUAAUGAUAACCUCAACCAUUCUCCAUCAACUUUCUGAUCCAGUGAAUUAUGCGUUCUCUAUGCUUAUUGCUUCCGGCCUGACUGCUUUCCUGUCGUCCGCCAAGCAAACCAAACAGCACCGUCCCUAA